AUGACCACCUGCAAUGGCAGCUCCACUGGAAACCAGAAGAUGAAUAGGAGAAAGGCAAACAUGAAGUUUAAAACCAUGAACAAUGGCCACUCCACUGGGAACCAGAAGAUGAAUAAGAGAAAGCGAAGGAUGGCGGUUAACACCAUCAGCAAUGGGCGCUCCACCGAAAACAAGAAGACGAAUAAGAGAAAGGUCAUCUUCGUUAUGGGAGCGACGGCCACCGGAAAAUCCAAGCUUGCCAUCGACCUCGCCAUUCAUUUCAAUGGCGAAAUCAUCAACUCGGACAAGAUUCAGCUUUACAAAGGACUGGAGAUCAUAACAAACAAAGUCACAGAUGAAGAAGCUAAAGGCAUACGCCAUCACUUGCUCGGAACCCUCGACGACCCCGACCAAGACUUCUCCGCCGCCGACUUCCGUCUCCGAGCAACGGAAGCCAUCGAGGAUAUUUUGAACGACGGCAAAGUCCCGAUCAUCGCCGGUGGAUCCAAUUCAUACAUAGAAAACCUAGUGGAGGAUGAGAACGGCGACUUCCGCCGCCGUUUCGAUUGCUGCUUCAUCUGGGUCGAUGUUUCGCCGAUCGUUUUGCACAACCGGGCGAGGGAACGGGUUGACCAGAUGGUGGCCGCCGGACUCGUGGAUGAGGUUAGGGGAAUGUUCAGGGACGGCGGCGGAGAUUACACCCGGGGAAUAAGACGGGCUAUCGGAGUUCCAGAAAUGGAGGCCUACUUCACGGUGGAAGACGAUGAGAACGUCAAAGAAGCGACGAAAGGGAAAAUCCUUGCGAAUUGUAUCGACGAAAUCAAAGAGAACACGUUGAAGUUGAUCGAUUCUCAGCUGGGGAAGAUCCGACGGCUGAAAAUUGAGCUUGGUUGGAAGCUGAAAAGGGUCGAUGCCACCGUCGUGCAUGAAAAAUCUGGACAAGACGCUGAGAUUGCAUGGGAACAUGGGGUGCUCAAGGAAAGUUUGGAUAUAGUGAAAUGCUAUUUAAAGUAA